ACUGAAAAAAACAUUUACUAACGCAAAUAAAUGCCACGUUUCAACAACCAAUCAGGAUUGAAAUACCCACACUACGUCACUUUCAUGUAUCCCAUUAGCAAGGUUUUUCUGAAUACGUACCAAAAGUUUCAUUUUUACCGCUUUAAGUUAAAUAGCGCUGUCAUAAGUAUUAUUUUUUUAACGUCUCUCUUCAUUCAAAGGAAAUAUAAAUUCUAAUUACACUUGUUUAGUUAUAUCUCCAAAAUUUUGUUUUAAAACAGUAAUUGGCAUAUCAAUCAGAAUGAAUUCAUCAUCUUCAAACAUUAUAACUUACGAAAAUGGAGACAUAACUGUAAUACGUAGUGAUUCCAGUCACAGCAGCUCCGGAGAGGAACUCGAUGCAGCCCUAUUGGAUGAGAAGUCUGUCAUAGUGAUCAGAAAUCGGGAAUUGGGCAAGAGGACAGUCCUCUGGUUGUGUCUCGGCAGAUGCGUGCGCCACCUGACGUUGGCAACUGUCAUUGGGUCUUCGAUAUGCUGCGGUGGAUUUUCCGAGAGCCUUUACGGGCUCCGUAAACCUCUUGCCAUCUCAAGUGUUUUGUUUAAUAUUGGGUACAACACCAUAUGGAGAACAGAUCCAUUGAGUCACUACAGAAUUGCUCAAGGUAGAGAGAUUUUGUGCCCCAUGAAGAAGAAUAAAGAAAGACCACCCAACACAAUACUUGUCCGCAACGAGGAACAACAUGCUCUUAUUCUCUACUCCCUGGCUUCAGUGGUUGCAGUUGCAGUAGCUUUCUGGAAUGAUAUAUCCACAGUUGAUUUCAAUGAAUUAUUUGGCAACUUAGCAGAGAAUUGAAAAUCAUUGUAAUGCUGAAUCCAUUCAAAUUAAAGUUCUACAAACUAAAA